UAGACGAGUGGGCGUGUGCGGGGCUCGGGUAUUUAUAGGGCUGUAAUGGGCGGCUCCUAGCAGUCCGCGGGUUUCUCGGGGGCAGAAGGAGUGUUUGAGUUUGUAUUGUGGACCCGGGAGAGGGAGCCCCGCGCCAGCCAGGCCGGCACCAUGAGCUCGGGUACCCCGUACAUCGGUAGCAAGAUCAGCCUGAUUUCCAAGGCCCAGAUCCGCUAUGAGGGCAUCCUGUACACCAUCGACACGGAUAAUUCUACUGUGGCCCUGGCCAAAGUUCGCUCCUUUGGAACCGAAGACCGUCCUACAGACCGCCCGGCCCCCCCUAGAGAGGAAGUGUAUGAAUACAUCAUAUUCCGGGGCAGCGAUAUAAAGGACAUCACUGUAUGUGAGCCUCCCAAGGCCCAGCAUGCCUUGCCGCAGGACCCUGCCAUCGUCCAGUCCUCUCUGGGUUCUUCUCCUGCCACUUCUUACCAGUCCAACGUGCCUUACAGUCCGUUCAGAGGCAUGCCGACCUACAGCCAGCUCGCCGCCACCUCCCUCCUCGGCCAGCAGUAUGCCGCCUCGCUGGGCUUGGACAAGCUGGUGAGUCCCCCGGCAUCAGCCGCGGCGUCCAGCCCCUGCUCUUCUCCCUCUCCGCAGCCCGUGGCACCGGACCCUGAUAUUUUGGCAGAGCCUCUGCACCUGUCUUCAAAGGCAGCAGGCUUCCCCUCUAUCCCGGUGAGGAAGAGCCCCAUGGUGGAGCAAGCUGUCCAGACUGGCCCGGUGGAGAACAUGGCUCAGAAGAAGCUGCAGAUGGCAAAGGGACCUCCUGUUGUCCCACGUGGAAACAGACAGGGUCAGACACCAGCCCAGCCAGCUCCACUGAACGUUCCACUUCCCGCUGCACCGACACAGAACUUGGUGAACGAUGAAAACAAGAGGCCUCCCAGACGGCGAUCAGGCAACAGACGGACACGGAAUCGCUCCCGUGGUCAGACCAGACCGACUACCGUGAAGGAGAACGCAAUAAAAUUUGAAGGAGACUUUGACUUCGAGACUGCCAAUGCCCAAUUUAACCGUGAGGAACUGGACAAGGAAUUUAAGGAUAAACUGAACUUCAAAGAUGACAAGCCAGAGAAGGAGGGGGAAGAGAAGGGAGACUCGGGGGUGGAAACUCAAAACAGUGAUGGGAAUCCAGAGGAAGAUCCACUGGGACCCAACAUCUAUUAUGAUCGGUCAAAGUCUUUCUUUGACAACAUUUCUUCAGAGAUGAAAUCCAGACGCACCACGUGGGCAGAAGAAAGGAAGCUGAACACCGAAACAUUCGGGGUCUCCGGCAGAUUCCUGAGGGGACGCAGCUUCCGUGGUGGCUUCAGAGGUGGCAGGGCAAGCGGACCUUCUCGCAGGAACCAGACGACCCAAAGGGCCGGAACCGGGAGAGUGUGAGAAGCCUCACCGCAAAUAUGGACUGGAAGGGUGGCUUGCUCCCCCACACAGACUUGUCUUCCAUAUUUUCUUUCUCCCCCCAAAACAAUCGUAGCAAUUCAUGAUAUAACCUGGCUGCGGCCCCAUUAGAUUCUCCGAUCCGUUUAGUUCUGGUUGUAUAGGCUACAGAGUGGAAUCGGAACGUUGCGUGUGAUUUAGGAGGUAGAGAGCUGAGCUGUACUUACAGGGGAAAGAAACUGGUUGCUUUAGUUAUAAGCCUGCGGAAACACGAGCAGCUUUUUUUCU